AUGUCGGGUUACCCCUCAGAGUCUGCUUUGGACCACACCAUGCCCUCUAAAUUCAACAGCAUUCUCAACAAGAGUCGCCUCAGAACGUUGGCGUUUGCCUUGGUCGGCUCGCUCAUCUGUUUGUUGGUGCUUUUCGCAUCCAACCGUGCUCCGACACACCUCAACUAUAGUUCUGUUUUGCUCAGUAACAGCGAUGCUUCUCAACAAGCCCCAAUAGUCCCCGCCGAAAAAGAAGAAGUCAAAGUCGCUUCGCCGUUGGCUCAAGAUGUCACCCAGAAGCCGAAAGUCAUUCGUACACAGUUGAUUGACGACGAAGCGCGUUACGAGAAGACCGUGUACGUCAACCAACAGGCUUCCAGCGCCAACGAUGAGGCAACCGUGCUCAUUGUUUCGUCCAUCGGAAGUGAACACGCGUUUGGAGACGGCAGAACUAUCCGCGACUUUGUGCACACGCUCAACACGUUCGAGUACGAGAAGAACGCCAUCAGUCUUGGGUUCCUCUGUGGUACCGAGGCGGUGAAGCUUCAGGCAUUGAAAUACUUUGACUAUUUGAUGAAAGACAAACCGAGCGAGUUCAACUGGGCCCGUGUGACCGUUUUCCGCGAGAGUUUCUUGGGUGCCAACUUCGGCAGACAUGCUGAUGGUAGCUCUAUCCAGCGUGCCAGACGGAGAAUGAUCGCCCGGUCCAGAAAUCUUGCUCUCCUCAAAUCCUUGAACGACGAGCGCUACACUUUGUUCUUGGACGCGGACAUGUACGUUAUUCGUAAUACCGACAUGUUGCAGCUUUUCAUUGAAUCGGGCCACGAUAUCAUUGUUCCCCGUGUCGAGAAACACGGAGAUCGUGAUUACGACAGAAACACUUGGAAGGGUCGCAGAGUGCACCCUUCGGAGGAGGUUUUGCAACUCAUGAAUGAAGACAAAUGGGAAGAGGCCAACUGGGAGCCAAAUGAUGGGCCAGAUAUGCUUCAUUUGGGCGCUGAGAUCGAGCGUUUGGACAAGUUCCCAGAGGGCGCUCCUGAACGUUCGCCUAAAUAUGCUUUCGAGGUCGACUCCGUCGGAGGCGCCAUUCUCUUCGCAAAAUCCAUCAUUUACGAGCAAGGUGUAAUCUUCCCGCCAAUCUACAUUGUGGGUACAGACUGGGACAGAGUUGAAGGUUACGACGGGAUCGAAACCGAAGGAAUCUGUUACGUGGCCACCUUAUUAGGCUACAAAUGCUGGGCCAUGCCUAACUUGGUUGCAGACCAUGUCUGA